UCCCGGUCCCGGUCCCCGGGGGUCCUGUCCCCGAUGGGCUGUCUCGGGCUGGCGGGUUCCUGAACCGGGAUGGAGAUUAACCGAGCGUACAUUGGUCUGGAGCUGCUGAUCGCGGUGCUGGCCAUUCUGGGCAAUGUGCUAGUCUGCUGGGCUGUCGCCACCAACAACAACCUGAAAAGCGCCACCAACUACUUUCUGGUCUCUCUGGCUGUGGCUGACAUCGCGGUCGGAGCUUUCGCCAUCCCGUUCGCCAUCAUCAUCAGCACCGGCAUGACCACCCGCUUCCACGGCUGCCUGUUCCUCGCCUGCUUCGUCCUGGUGCUCACCCAGAGCUCCAUCUUCAGCCUCUUGGCGGUGGCUAUCGACAGGUACCUGACCGUCAGUGUCCACCUCAGAUACAAGGGGCUGAUAACUGGGAGACGUGCCAGGCUGAUUAUAGCAGUCUUCUGGAUCCUGUCUUUUGUGAUUGGUUUGACUCCAUUUUUUGGCUGGAAUCGGAAGAGUGAGGUGGAGGCUAAGUGCAGAAACAGCACAGUCUGGACACCACAUCCGGAGAACAAUUCUGCCCUCCAGAACUGCUCGGUGACAUGCCUCUUUCUAAAUGUGGUUAAUAUGAAAUAUAUGGUUUACUUCAACUUCCUGGGCUGUGUCCUGACCCCAUUGCUCAUCAUGCUGGGCAUUUAUGUAAAAAUCUUCACUGUUGCUAGAAAACAAUUGCAAAAGAUUGAGCUGAAUUCUGUAAAUUCUGACACUUCCAGAAGGUUCUUACAGAACCAAGUAAGAGUUGCAAAAUCAUUGUCCAUCAUUGUUGGGUUCUUUGCCUUCUGCUGGCUUCCACUUCACGUCCUAAACUGUAUUAAUCAUUUUCACCCAAAGUACUUCCAAACCAUGGAUGUGCGCAUCAUGAACGCUGCCAUUGUUCUGUCUCAUGCUAACUCUGUUGGUAAUCCCAUUAUCUAUGCCUACAAGAUUCAAGAAUUUCGCAAUACAUUCCACAAAAUUAUUUUCAAGCAUAUUCUGUGCAGAACAGACGAUGAAUUUAAAUCUGAAACUCUGCGAGGAGCACAUUCGUAAAGGCACAGAAAUGUUGACAGAAAUAUCUGGGAAUCCUGUGGACCUCAUAAUUAUAUACACACAGUUUACAGAUGCACUGUUGACAUGUCUUUUUGUGUUAAUUUUAGGAGGGAGAAAAGAAUACCAUUGCAAUCAAAGGAAGCUGUCAAACGUGAAAAUCUUCCCUCUGCAAAUAAUUUUUCUCCUAAACAGUAUAAAUGGAAAUCCAAAAAACACUUGUAAAUGAGAUUACUGCUAGAGCUCUGAGCUCUGUUGCAUUCACCAUUUCAAGGAUGUAACUACCAGCUACAUUGUGGUGUGAUCCAGCAGUGAUGUAGAUGUCUGUCAUGCCUCCACAGUCAGAUGUGAAGCAGAUAUUGUCUUGUUAACUUCAAGGUGCAUAAUAGUUUUCAAAAUAGCAUCAUCAUUAUUCAAAGCAAACACUUGAUGAGUUUUAUUUUCAAAAGUGGGACAGAAAACAUCGACUUGUGGUUUUAUCAUUGAUGAAAAGGGGAUGUAGCCAACAUGAAACACAUAACUGGGUGACAAUACAAAAUUUCUUUAUCUCUUCUUCCACUGCUCCACAACAAUAAUACCAUGGCGUUGAAGUUCCAUGGACUCAGUUCCAAUGGCUAAAUGUCCGUGUGGGGUGUCAGUGGGAGGGUGCCUCAUCCAUGAAGCCAACAGGAGAAUUCAUCUGUGAAGCACUCGGGUCUUGUUGGCAGGAAUUUCAACAUACCCUUAGAUGCCAACUCUCCUCUGAUUAGACCAUUUUUGAAAUCCAGAUGGGACUCAUAGGACACAGACAUCAUUAGUCAGGCCACUAUAUACCUCUAUUUCACUUACUGGUCAACCAGUAUUGCCACAGUUGGACUGGGAAUUUACAACUAUUCACCUUGUCCAUUAUGGAUAAAGGUUUAACUCCUGAUAAUCUACAGAAUAGCAAAGUGUGGCCAGCUCCUUUGAAGCUUCUGCUGGGAUUACAGAGGAAAACUAGUAAAUUCCCAAUAGAGGUUAAUGGGCCUUGAUUUCACUAUAACAACUGCCAAUAGGUCCCUGGCUCUUCACCUUCUACAAUAACAUUCGGAUCACUUUGUGUGUUACCUUAUUAGUUGUUGUAAGCUUAUUCAGGCGAAAGUGAGGACUGCAGAUGCUGGAGAUUAGAGUCACGAUUAGAGUGGUGUUGGAAAUGCACAG